UGCUUUCCUUUAAAGGAUGAAGAACGGGCUCGAGUGGAGGCUCUCCGGGAUGAAGAUAUGGCUCUGGCCAUCCCGGGCCUGGCACGUCCUUUCAAUAUUCAACAUCAACACCAAUUACAGCUAUUGCGGGGUGACGAAAACUUGCUAAUCGAUGCCAAUCAAUCAUACUAUUCUGCUAGAGCGAAUGCCAUGCUCAAUAUCGAACAUACAAUUGUCGAAUUGGGUGAGAUCUUUCAGCAACUAGCCACCAUGGUCCACGAACAAGACGAGUCCGUGAGACGAAUAGAUGCUAAUCUCGACGAGGCGUCUACUCGGAUAGAAGCAGGCCAUUCUGAGCUAGUCAAAUAUCUCCAAUCAAUCAGUUCUAACCGUUGGUUCCUGCCGCUUUCCUCUGUAUCUCUCCAGAAAAAUCCCUAA